CUGAAUGCUCCAGGCCGCUCCAUACCGUUAAAGCAUAUACGUGCCCACAGAGCUUGUGCCUCGGUGAAGAGAGUAAUCACGUGAUCAGUCCAUGGCACGUGACUCCUGCGUCCAGCAUAGCAGGAGGGGCUCCGCUCAGGACGUGUACUACACGAUGGAUCCUAGACACCGGGACGUUCUGAGAAGACUGCGGCUCGAGCUCUGCUCGCAGGGCCUGGCUGAUGGACUGGUGCCUCAGUACUUGUAUCAGGAAGGUGUCAUCACAAGUGAGCAGCUUGAGGAAAUCACCUCGCAGGCCACCAGUCAGAGACGAGCUAUGAAGCUUCUGGAUGUACUUCCAACCCGAGGACCCAAGGCAUUCGAUGCUUUCAUGGAGUCCUUAUCUGAAUUUCCAUGGAUCCGCAGUAACUUAGACCAAAUAUGCAAAGAGAAUGCAGGGGGGAAAACAUUAGACCUGCCUAACAAUGUAAAAGAGAUCUGCCCAAGUGAUAAACAGCUAAGCCUUUUGGCCAACCAGUUGGGGGCUGAAUGGGAAAAAGUACUUGGUUCUCUGGGACUGGAUCAUGUGGAAGUCUACAAAUGUAAAGUGCAGCAUCCUUACUGUAUGCACUCACAAGCAAUGGAAGGAUUGGUAAAGUGGAAACAGCACAUGGGACGUAAAGCAACAAUACAGUGUCUCUGGGAAGCCCUACAAGCUGCAGAAGUGGAUCCCUCAGCAGUGAAAACCAUGCUGCAGUGAUCCUGAAGAUCAAUAUCUACAGUGUAUUUAAGGGGUUAUCCCAAGAUUAAGACUUAUCCCCUAUCCACAGGGGACAACUAGCUAAUUGGUGUGGGGUCCAACCACUGUGACCUCUACUGAUCAUAAGAACAGAGGUCAAAUGUAAUGUGAGUGAAUGGCAGCUUGCAUGCUUAACCACUGCCUUAUUCACUGUCUAUGGGUCGUCUGCAAAUAAUUCAGGGGUGUACUCGGCUAUCAUCAGAAAUCCCAUAGAGAAUAAAGGGAGCUGCGGAGCACAUGCUCGGUCAUGGCAUCAUUCACUUUAUAUGGUACUUACAAAUAUUACCAAGCAUAGUGUGUGUAGAAGUCCUAUAGAGUGAAUGUAGCAGUGGCCAAGCAUGCACGCUGCUUCUUCAUUUACUUAGGAGACAUUUUACCUCUGUUCUCGUGAUCACUGGGGGUCCUAGCAGUCAGACCCUCAUCAAUCAGCUAGUUAUCCUCCAUGCUUUGAGUAGGGUAUAAGGCACUGGAGAGGAAAUAAAACCCAAAACGUUUCUCGCUUUGUUCUUUAAUAUGAUUAUCCAGAAUUAGUUUUUGCAGGGUUGCCAGAAUUCCAACUCCUUUCUAUAUAAUAUUGAUGGCCUGUCCCUAUGAAUGGCCACCAGUUAUGAAAUUCUGGAUAACACCAUUCAAUAUCCCAGUGGUUUUAAAAUUGUAUUGACUAUUUCCACUAUUUUUAUUUUUUUUUUCCAUAUACUGCUGUUUUGCACAUGUAUAAUCACAAGGAUGGACUUUGGUUUAAUCCUCUGUUCUACAUGAUUUUCCCCAGAUAAGUGAUAUCUGAGACAGGAAGGGAUGCUAUUUGAUUGACAGAUAUAGCCAGGGGGCAUUACCUGCAGAGAAGAAUGGGCUAUUACACAGGAUAUGACAGAAAUAAUGCUACCCAACAUAUAGAUUACAUGGUAAAGUGUCAAUAACCGCCAUAAUAAAAUAAUACAAAACCAUUUUUUACAACUGUUGGGAAAGAUUCUUUAGGCUUGUCUGCCACUUUUCUGGUGAACAAAAGUUGCAAGUUUUUGUGUAAGCUUCUUUAUGCACAAUAAUUGACAUCUUUUCACCUUUUCGAACAACUCUGCCCACUUUUUAAAAAGUGGGCAAAGCUCAUAAAAAAGGAACAGUGCUUGGUGGAUUUAGGCCAGGAAUUGAUGUAAAUGACUCCAGAAAUCUAUGCUGGCACUCGGACAUUAAAAGAUGUGCCAAAAAUACUAAGAGACUUGUACAUAUUCAUGUCUUUUCAUCAAGAGCAGCAUAAGAAAGGCCAGUCCUGAUAAAUGUCCCCUAUGUCGGACAAUGACAGUGUUCACACGUUCAGGUAUUUAAUGCAAUUACUGAAAGCAAAGCCUUUUGGUUUAAAUUAAGGAAAAGUCUUCAAAGAGAUUUAACAAUACCUGUGUAGAGGAAGAAUGGUGCAGUUUCCCACAGCAACCAAUCAUGGCCUUUUUAUUUUAAAAAAAGGCCUUGGAAAAAUGAAAGUAGACCCACU